AUGCAUUAUCAGGACCCUUCACUAGCACUGAGAGAUAACAAGGAUGCAGAUAAGCAGGUGGUGAUAUUUAUCAAGACCCGGUGUGACUCGUCGCUGACUCAGGACGACAGAUAUGAGGAUCAGCGCCAUGCGCAGCGCUCGCCGGUUCCGUCGGGGAACCAUCCGUACAAACCCCGUACGGAACGUGACGGGCCGGUAUCUACAGUACUACUCCCCGACGCAUCCGGCAGGAUACAAUGUUCCAUGUCUUUGACUGGGCAUAUGCACCCAGGAGCCAUUCCUUAUUCACCUAGAUUUGUUCUGCCCAUGAGUAAUACAUACUCUCCUCCGUACUACGCGAUGGGGCAGUCCCGAACCGGUAACCGUCAACCCACCGCGCCACCCGAUGACAUACAGCCAUAUCGAUGGAGCCGUUGCAACGGAUGCUCUCUCCAUGCCACCUGGGGGACACAUCUCGAAGCUCUGCCAGCUCACAUGGCCGGGCGAGCUGGGGCGGCAGCAAGCUCAUUUCCUGCCGUCAAUGUAGUACUGCACGGUCCUACGGAGUAUGUAGCCGGUCCUGUCCGACCCAGCAAGCUCAACCGUACAAUCCAAGUGGCCACUGGACAGUAG